AUAUCAACGUACACCAGUCGAGCCUUCAAUAUUUGUACGUGUUCAAGUAUAAAGUUCUGCUGCAAGAGGUUAAGCUUAUAGAGGAAUUCGAGGGGAUCUGGCUGAGUUUGAACAAGAUCUUCCAUCUCUUGUUCGCUCAUCUCCACCUGAUGGACGGUAACCGCGCGGCCAAACCCAGUGCUGAAGGCUGGAAGCGCGCCUGUAGUCCAUGUCUGAAGCUUUCUUCGUUCUUUUGGUUCGAGGUCGGCGGAUUCAGAUGCUGAUCUCGCGACAACGCGGAUGUCGUCAAUGCCAUUCGCUUUUAGUGCUGAUGAAAUCUGCUGUUCCUGCUUUCCCUUUCCUGGAGCGGCCGCAGACAACGGUCUACCCUGCUCAUUCGCAGGUUGAAUCGGGCCUGAAGCUAGAGAGUAUGCAGGGCCUGCAUCUGGGCAAGCUGGCAGUGGCACUUGGUUUGCCUUGUCCUCUGGUGCAGUCUCCGGCGGCUCCAAAACGUCCUGAUUUCCUAUCUUCCCUCUCUUCCCGGGAUUACAUUCUCCUUUGGGUGCUACGGUCUCAGGGAGGACUGCAGGUCCAGGGGAUCUAGAUCUUGGAUGCGCGAGUCCAGCGGGAAGAACCCUCGUCUACUAUUUGGGAGACUCCCCGACACUUUUCUUACUCCUAGCUGUAC